AUGGAGGGCUUAGAUGCCCUCCAAGCUGCCAUCGAGAAGGGGCACGAAGAGGUGCGCCAUGUGAUCACGCUGCAAAGCCGCUUGAUUGACAAAGUUGCUCAAGAGGUCUCAGAAGUGAAGCGCCACCUAAGUGCCCAAGGAAGUAAGGUCAGGGAGGAGCCAACGGUUCAUCGCAACUGUUGCAACUUUUGCACCCUGGAUGGUGACGCCAAGCCAGAGUUAGAGCCGAGCAAGACAGCUGAUGUGCUCCAAACCUUGGGUGAAACCUCCGAGGCACUCCCAGUUGCCUUUGACUCGGACGUUGAAGAGGUUGUUCAGAAAGUAGCCAGCGAGUCCACUCUUCAAAAGGUGCCAACCGUGCAAAAGGAAGAGGAAUGUGGCGAGGACGUGCGACGAUUUGCGGCCAUUUGGAAGGAUGAGGUUGACGAGCAAUUAGGUGGCCGCAAUGCCUGGAAUGUCAAAACCGCAAUGGGCUUUGAACAGCGAGACAAGAAGAAAGGCUACAAACCGAAGAGAGCAUCCACUCACUUAAAGACUGGGAUGACCUCUCCAGCUGGGGGCGGUGCAGCAAUAUCUGCAAAGGCUCAGAGAAGAGAAAAAUCUCGGAUGAGUGUUUUCCAGCGAUUCAUCACCAGCACGUCUUUUGACCAACUCUCAGGCUGCCUCAUUUUGCUUCACUCCUUCAGUGUGGGCAUGGAGGCGAAUGACCGUGCAAUGAACCCCAUGGAUGCCUGCGGAGGACCAUGGGCCACCUUGCAGUUUGUAUGCAACGUUAUUUUCACACUUGAGCUAGUCAUCCGGAUCUUCAGCUUCGGUGCCAAAACCUUCUUCUGCGGCGUAGACAGGUCUUGGAAUUGGUUUGAUUUGCUGGUCAUCUCUGGGGGAAUUAUCGAAGAGAUUCUUCAGAGAGUAGUUCUGGUGGACUGCAACCGCGAUGCAGAUAGCAACCAACUCAUGACCAUGCUCACAAUGCUGCGCAUCCUGCGAAUUCUGCGCAUGACGCGUUUGAUGCGGGCAGUUCGCUUUAUGAACAUAUUCCGUGAGUUACGCGUCAUGGUUCAAUCUGUUCUUGGCUGCCUCAUUCCGCUCUUUUGGUGCAUUGUGCUUUUGUUCUUCAUCCAAUGGUGCUUCGCAAUAUACUUCAUCACCGUGACAGCUGACACUGUGCAGGGAAUGAACAAACAGCCUGAGCAGUGGGCCUACCUCGAUGAUUUGAAAGGGCUCGAAAAUGAGAUUACGGACAAGUUUGGUUCCUUGUGGAAGACCUUGUACGUGUUAUUCCUCUCAAUCGCUGGUGGUUUGGACUGGGGAGCAGCGGCAGAUCUCUUCAUCAGGACUGAGAACUACAUAGCAGUACUUGCUUUCUUGUUCUACGUGGCAUUGGUGGCAAUGGCCGUGCUCAAUGUUGUCACGGCUGUGUUCGUGGAAUAUGCCAUGAAAAUGGCGGAGGAUGACCGUGAUCUUGUGAUUCAGGAUUAUUUGGACAAAGAUUCCAAAUUCAGCAAGGAUGCAGUGGCAGUGUUCCAGGAAGCAGAUGCUGAUGAUAGUGGCUCUAUCACUUUCGAGGAAUUCACAAACCACUUGGAAGACGUUCGUGUGCAAGCCUUCCUGCGCAGCAUGGGGCUUGAUGGCGUUGAAGCUGUUCGUUUAUUCAAGCUUUUGGAUGCAGACUGCAAUGGUGAGAUCGAGAUCAACGAGUUUGUAUCAGGCUGCAUGGUGUUGCGAGGGGGGGCCAAAACAUUGGACCUGGCGAUGCUGCUGAUGGAGCAGCAGAAGGCUAUGACGCGGUGGAUGAGCUUCAUGAGCUACGUGGAGUUGCGGCUGAACGAGAUAUCGAGAGUCCAGAAAUGGUUAUCCUUUGCAGGCUCCCACGCCAGCCUCACCCAGACGUGA